AUGAUGACAAUCACGGUCAGCCAGACCUUGCGAGGUCGGGUUCUCGUUCUGCUGUUUGCUGUCGUCUUAGUACUAGAAACCGUCGCUACUGCCUCGGACUCAAAGAGAGUCUCAGUAGAUCUCUCGAAUUUCGCUCGUCCACAGUCUGACAAACAAGAGAUUGACGCAAGGCUACUGACAUCUCAUGAUCAAGGGGAUAAACACGAAGAAGAAGAGAGAAUGGACACUGUGAAGAUUUCGCAGCUAAUAGGGGGCAGGCAAACCGCUGGUGAAGCUUUCAAGCUCCUAAAGUUGGACGACGGGAUGGAAAAGCUUCUCUCCAACCCGAAUUUUCGCACGUUCAUGGGGUUCAUAGACGACUACAAUGUGCAAAACCCUGGCAAUGGAGCAACAGUGAUUAAGUCGGUCACAGCGACGUACGGAGACGACGUUGCGGCCGCGGUGCUUCAACGAGCGACGAAGGUUUCGGCUACAAAAGUCACGGCGGAGAAGCUACUGGGUGACCUGAGGGUCCUGUGGCUGACCGAUAAACGCUCCCCACUCGACGUGUUCAAGCUGCUGAAACUUGACGACGUCGCCACCAAUCCUCUCGACAACGCAGCUCUCGACGCUUGGGAGUCGUACUUGAACCUUUUCAACUACGUGAACCGUGAAAGUGGCUAG